AUGGGUAAUGGAAUAACUGUUAACAAAAAACAACUACCCGGUGUUCCGCAGCCGCAUGGAGCACGAAAAAUCGUUGUUAUUCCUUAUCAAAAAUGGAUCUACUAUGAUGCACGUCGUUUCGGUCACUUCAAUCAAUUCAGUACCGAUAGUGGAUGUGAAAUCGUGCCCAAUACGAAUACUAAUAAUAACACGAUACUCUCCGUUUUACCAUCACUGUCGUCGAGUUCAUUCACAACUCCAACUUCUUUCGUUUCCACAUCAUUAUCAUUAACCAAUGAUUUCAUCGUACAAACCAAAACACAAUUGACCCCAACGCCUGUUCCGUCAUCGACUUCGUUCUUAACUAAUAAAUCCAGCAUACGGAAUAAUAAUAACGGUAACAAUCCGUCAGCAUUUGCUUUAGUUGGCUCAGCUACGACUCUCUCCGGCUCAUCUUCACCGGUGACGUGCACAUUCGCUACUCUUACGAGUGAUUCUGAUACAAGACGUGUUCAUCCAAAACCGAUUUCCUAUGUAAAUGGAAGAUUCUUCAAAAGUUUAACGCGUUUGGGCGAUGCACAAUUUAUUUUAAGCGAACAUGGAGAGGAUGAUAUUGUUCUCACUGUUCCUUCAAAUAUCGAACGUUAUCGUACAAAUGAUAAUACUGUGCGUGAACGUAUAGAUCGUUUAAAUCGGGUGAUUGCAUGCUGUGACGAAUUCAUUGUCUUUCAAUUGUGGAAAGGAAAUAAUGAAGUGGAAAUCUUCGUUUUUGAUCGGCCUGUUCCAACUAAAUCAUCUGAAAGUGAACCAUCAUGGAAGAAAUGUACAUGCCUUCAUCGACAAUCUCAAAGACCGAAAUCUCCGCCUAUCCCAACCCAACAGUCAUCUGAUUCCGCUACACGUGUAAAUACGCCUAAUCGACAUAGUUCACUGAUGCAAACUGCAACCUUGAGCGCAUACCAUAUCGAUGAACCACAGCGUUCAUCGACCAAGUCUUAUUCCUUGUUGAACGAGACAGAGAAUCGUUUCGAUAUGCAAAAUGAUGCAUAUGAAUUCGUGGAUAAUGCCAAGAAAGUUUCUCAUCUCACUGGUUCAGCACGUUGCACAUUGGUAACUGCCUCAGCUGCUGCUGCUCUCAUUGCUAAUAACCAUAAUCAUAUUCAUCCUACUAACAAUACGACUAACACUUCUCACAAUUCUCUAUCAUCGGCUAUGUCGAGAGUUCGAUUUGGAAAAUCGGCUAGUCGUUCCGAUUCAGCAAAUACACGUUCGAACUCAAUAUCAAAUACCAAUGAAUUAGCCAAUAGUAAGAGUUCUCAACAUUUAACUCACGGCUCUAAACAUCGAUCGACGCCGUAUCUAUCGUCGUUAUCAUGUAAUUGUAUGGAGAAUCAUGAUUCCGAUAUGCUACCAACGUCGUCAUGUUCGCUAACAUCAUCGUCGUCAACAUGGAAUAGUCGGAUUGUUCGAAAGCUCAAUUCAAUUGCACACCGUUUCAAUGCGCGUUCCUAUGCUUGCUUAAUAUCUCCGGAUCGGACGAAAUUAUUGAUUACGCCUGACUAUGAAGGUAAACAUUCCUACAGCCACCAGAUACAUGAAGUUACUGUCAUAUUCGACAUCAAAACGUAUGCAAUACUUCGUAUAACACCAGCUCGUUAUGAUCAACGAUUUUCUUUCGACCCACGUUACGGACAUUCACGUCUGGCAGAAUUCGAUACUGUUCGUGGUCAGAUCACAGAUAUAACCAAAGAUCGUGUCCUCGUUUGCUCGAAUCAUACACUGAAAACAAAAGUUUAUCGAGUGGAAUAUACCAAUGAUGGACAUUUGAUCAUUGUCCUAUGCACACUUCCGAUAUUUCAACGUGUCAAACGGAAUUACUUUUUGUACAUACUGAAUUCAUCGACACUAUUACACACACGUAGUAUAAUCGACUACCGUGGUCCGUUCUUUUCUCCAUUUGUUUUUACAAAUGAAUUCGCACUCUUAUUUAACAUUUAUCCAUCCUUGUCACACUGUGGCUCAACGUUAGCUGUUUUGAAAAACAUUGAACCAUCAUCAAAUGUGCGUUUAAUAGAAGUUUACUCAUUACCAUAUACUUGUACAACGUUGAAAGAAGUCACUCGACGAAAUAUUCUACGUUAUAUCGAUCGAAAACAAAUCAAACAAUUACGUUUACCUGACAAUUUAAAAGCUUAUCUAGCUUAUAAACCACAAUUCACGUGA